GCGGUUCAAAUUGGAUUGGUCCCAAAGCACAGAAAGAACAGACGGCUGAAGUCCGCGUAAAAAUUUGGACGAAGUGUACAUUUCCAACACCAGAUUUCGAAUCAUCCUGGCUUCUUAUGGUAUCAGGAAAUGUUUCACACUCCUACAGGGAAAUAGAACAUGGAUCCGGAGAGGAACCGGACUAUGUAUCCGUACAAAUUAAAAACUUCGAUACGGAUUGGUACUCGGACGGUAUCGGUUCGUCGACGAGAAGAAUGAAGAACAGAUAUGAGAAUUGGGGAGGUGUCCUGUAUGGAGCCAACAAUAGUCACAUCCGAGUUUGGGUACCAAACACGCAAAACGGCAAGGUUUUCAAUGCGGGGGAUGGUUGGGGUAUGGCGGAAACCUGGGGAACCGCUUUGGUCAAGAUCAGAGUCUGGAAAACGUUUGGAGGUAGUCUGGUGUAUACCUCGACUACCACUGUCAACAGAGGACUUACUCUGGCUGACCAUCAGAUAUCAACACCCUACCAAGAUAUAUCGUCGGGGAUGAUAGAUGUAAAGGUCAAGGCCACCGGUGGUACAAACAAUGGGUUCUACUUCCCGGCCGACAGGCGCGGUCCAGAACUCACAGCCAAACGAGUCGUAUGGAGGGAGUAGUGUAUUCAUACUCUGAGAAUGGCGUUAGAUUCUGGCAUCCUCACCUCUCACGUGUGGGCAGUAUCCAACAAAACUAUCUCGUCUACAUUGACAAGGCUUGGGGGACAGGGACACAUCAGCAGGCGUCGACUUCCGGUGACCUCGUGAUCAGGUUCUGGAACUACACACGUGACAGGUGAGGAAUUUACAAAUUACAUGUUUUCAUUUGUUUCACUUUUUUUUAACGUAAAACACAUUAUUAAUUAUAUUAUUUCAUGAUAUUAUUGCGUAAAAAAAUGUCAUAUUUAUCUAUUUUCCAACAAUUUCAAAACAAGUUAUAUCAAUUUAUGCUAAUCACGCUUGUUGGCCUGAAUUAAGGGAAUUUCGUUCCCGGGGUAAGUCAGGUGACCCCAUACCUUUCCGAUCGGGCAUGUCUCCUAAGAAUAGCAUUAAAUUACCUUCUAAUAACAUUUGGAGAGAAACGUAAUGUAUACUUAAAUCUAUAACUUACCCGUUGCCUAUUGUUAUCCAUGACAUAAAAACAACAGUAUAUGUUAUAUAUAUAUUUUAUAUUCUUGCUAGCUGGAUUUAUUCAACGGAACAUUUUUUCUAGGAUAAUAACCCCACUUCCGUCCUUGUGGCAGCAUAGAUUUAAGAUGUCUGAGCUCGGUAAACUGUCUGGUCCUGUUCUAGACAAUGACUUUUUUGAUAUUUUGAAAUUAAUGUCGAAAGUAUUGAUGUUGAAAUGUGUUUAUAUGACUCAGUCAGGGUAAGUAGCAUGGUCAGAAGCAGACAAGAAGUUGACACGACUCCUAGAGGUAAGUCCGGACGGAAAUAGUAAACAUGAAUGAAUUAAUCAGAUGUAUGCUUAAUAAACAUAUGUUCCAUAAUGUUUAUGGAUGUUUCCAAUCACAAUUACAGUGUCAUAUAUAUAUAUAUAAGUCAUUGAUGACUCAACUCCAUACAUUAGAUGCUUCCAUCGAUAUAAUUAUAAGUUUGUAAGAAAUGAAGUUUGUGAUGUUCAUAUGAAAUCUUUGAAUUUACUUCAUCUGCAUACGUACUACGGAUCGAUAAACAGCAAACACAAUGUAAAACACAAUACAGAUCUAAAGUACAUUAUCUAUCAUAUGAAACAAACAAUAAUGCAAUUAUAAGUCUGCUUUCAGGUACCGUCAUAUGAAAAGAAAUACGAAUUGUCUCGGUGAUCAUCACACCAACUAUGUCACCAUGUCACCCAAGGAUCCGAAGGCAUGCGCAACAACACUUCAUAUGCCCAAUGUAUAUUAUAAAUAACACUUGGCAUAAAUUGUUAUAUUUUUUGAGCGAACAAAGUCAUGAAUAGCCGACAAACACUUAAUAAUAUUUUGUCCUUGAUUAAAAUCCGUCCGUUUUGAGUAAGGCCAUAUUCACUUUUUCUUUAGUUUUAUCAUAACAUAUAUGGAAGGAAAGAUACACUUAUAAUCUGUAUUUCAUUUCUCGAUUGUAGGCUUCUGCUACAAGGAUUGGAUUACCGAUAAUGUACCUAAACAUGACAUUAAUCAAGUGUGCAGUACCAACGGUAGGAAAUGGAACGAGAGGCGAACUAGUCUAAUGUCUCAUACAAUGUUUUAUCUGGUUUUUAAUGUCAC